AUGGGAUCCAAGCCGCAACGAGUCGAGACUCCCGUGGCAGGCCUGCCAGCGAUAAAGCGCCACAUCGCAACACACGACGCGGCGGGGACAUCAGUCUACGUAGCCUCUCCACCGCCGCAGCAAUACAUCCGGAUCCCUGGGACGGGCGGAGUCGCGCGGUCGUGGUCUGUGGGAUCCGUGCCGGCGAAGCUCGAGGGCGAUGCAGACAUGAAAGCGUACCUGGCCGAGGACGGCGCCACGAGCUGGACGCACCCGGCGAUCGUGACGCCCAACGGUGUGAAUGCGUUGGUCGUGGAUCUGGAGCCUGGGGGUGUCAGCGACAUGCACCGGACGGUGUCGAUUGAUUUCUCCAUUUGUGUCAUUGGUGAAAUCUUGCAUGAGCUGGAUGGUGGAGAGACGGUGUUGCUGAAGCCUGGUCUCCUGAUUGAGUCUCAUAGUCAUAUGGCGAUUGCUUUGACCACUGCUGACAGUGCGCGAUGUGCACAGGAUCACAUCGUUCAGCGAGGUACGAACCACAAGUGGCGCAAUGCUUCCAAGACAGAACCUGCCCGCUUCAUUGGUGUGACUUUGUCCUGCGAACCCUUCGACAUCGCGGGAAAACAACUGCAGGAGAAGUUCGCCGGAGAUACCUUUGCCGACGCCGCAAAGGGAAAAUCGGCAAGUAAUUUGUAA